AUGACGAUCGUAAAAGUUUAUAUUCUUGUCUUAGGGUGAAUCGAUUUUGGUGCAGAAAUUCCGUGCCCAUUCUCUGGAGGCAGCCAUUCGAAAAGCGUAUAACGAAGAAAGGUGGAAAAAUCAUCCAAGCCUACCUUUCGUCACUCGAUGAUCACGAGAAGUUAUCAUUGGCUGAGAAUGGAAUAGACGUCUCAAAUUUAAGUCGACCUCUAUUUGACUAUCCAAUCUUCCUGGAAAAUCUCAAGUAUCGAUAUUACAUCGGAGCAACGAUUGAUUGGGUGAUGACUGACAAAAAUAUUGGAUCGGUUCAAAAGCGUCAGGUCUAUCAGAUCAAUACGGCACUUUGUCGAUUAUUCAUGAGAAAGUGUGUGAACCUAAAGUCCAUGGUCAUUGAAACUAAGAAUUAUUGCCUAGAAUUUCCAGAACUUUCAACAUUUACUUCGAUUCAACCUGGAUUAUCUAAGCUUACAAAAUUUAUUUAUCACGUCAGAUUUCACUUUAACUCAAAUUUCUUAGAACAAACGAUCCAACUUUUGGAAAAUUUUCCUACCCUUUGUACUAGUCUCCAGUAUCUAGAGGUUAUGCUAAUCAGCUUUAAGGGAGAAUGCAAGGUGGCAGAGGCGAUUUCGAAGAUCAUUCAAGCGCAAAAGCAUCUUGAAGAAAUUCGGAUUUUGUGUUCGGGGAAUUUCGGGGCGAGUAUUGUGCCGGCGAUUAAACAUCAUGCCGAUAAGUUGAUUUCAAUUCAGAUUAAUGUGGUAAAAUUGGACGAAACUACUUUACAGGUCCUAUCCACCUGUGAAAAGCUAGAAAACCUUAGUUUGGGAUUUGAUGACGCCCUGACGAUGGAGAAUAUCAAAUAUUUAUUGUGUUCCAACAUUCGCCUUAAAAAAUUGAAUAUCUUGUCUUUAGAUCAGAUUUCAUCGGAGGUUGUUAAUUCGAUGAUUCAGAAAGGCGGCAAAUCAUUGCAGUAUUUAUGGCUUUGCUUUACCACAUCAGAGAUAGUCGAAUCAACGAUUAAACACUGUCCGAAUUUAGUUAGCUUAACGAUUGAUGUAUCAAUGGCUGACGAAGAACAACUUUGUAAAUUAAUAUGUUCAUUUAAGCUUGUAGACUUAACCAUUUACGGGGCAGGCUAUGGACUUGGGGGAAUCUUAUCAUUCAUAAAGUACAGUUUACCCAUGACAUUGAUUUAUUUACACAUUGAUUUAUUAUUCUACCCAUCAGAAUUGGAAGAUUUUCUGCAGGAUUUCGAAAUUCCACUGAGAACUUUGAUUCUGGAUAAAAAUAUAACAUUUGACAACUCUUAUCUGGAAGUAAUGAUUAAAUAUUUAGAAAAGAGGAAAACUUUGAGGUACUUGGGCGUCUCUUGGGGAACUAUAUUUGGUAAAGAUGGUCUAGAAGGUGUGUUAAGAAAGUUAAACGAUGAAUUCGGUGUUCACGUCAUUUCGUGUAAAGAAUUGGAUGGGUGGUGA